ACACAACAGGAUCAAAACAUCAGUGCUCGUUGGGUUUAUUGGAUUUCAAGGAUCAAUUCUGGUGGCUAUGAAGAUCGACAUCCAUCCACUGACGCACGAUCCUACGUCGGCAUGGAAGGAAAUCUCAAAAUCACAGAGGGUGAUCAAAAUCAACACCAAACCACCGGCUGCCGAAGUUCCAGCAAACAAGGUGCGCGUAGUUUGCAUGUCCGAUACGCAUUCGCUGACGCACCACAUCAAGUUCGACGUUCCGGAUGGCGAUAUUUUCAUACAUGCGGGAGAUUUUACGCGAUGCGGAAAACUGGACGAAGUGAUCGAUUUCAACGAAUGGCUAAAAAAAUUACCUCACAAGCACAAGCUGGUCAUUGCCGGCAACCACGAGCUCAGCUUCGAUAACACCUUCACCCAUCCAUUCCAAAAUGCGAGUGCCUGCUGCAAGAAAACGGGCUCCACCUUGCUGGACGAAAUACCUACCCUGGGAAACUCGAAAGAGAGCCUGGCUGAAGCGGUCAAAACGGAGAACAUCCGGCAGUACUUGAGUAGCUGCGUGUACCUUCAGGACGAAGCAAUCGAACUGUACGGGCUCCGGAUAUACGGUACACCCUGGCAGCCCGAGUUCUGCAAGUGGGCCUUCAAUGUGAAACGUGGCCAACCGUGUCUCGAUAAGUGGGAACAAAUUCCGGAGAACGUUGACAUACUCAUAACGCAUACGCCACCCGUCGGCCACGGGGAUCUGUGCUGUUCCGGCGUGCGUGCCGGAUGCGUCGAGCUGCUCGCGACGGUGCAACAACGGGUGAAACCAAAAUACCACGUCUUCGGACACGUGCACGAGGGAUACGGGAUCACCUCGGACGGUAGGAUAAUUUUUGUGAAUGCUUCGACAUGCGACAUCAACUAUUUACCCAAUAAUCAGCCAAUCGUUUUCGACGUCACGCUACCAAAAGGUCGAACCAAAGACGACUAAACCAGACGACGUGUGUGUAAGGUUUCCUGUUUUGGGCUACCAACUGUGCCAUACCAUGACCGAAAACAAAGGCCGCUCCACUUGUAGCUGCCGCACUUUUGUAGGAUGCACAUUGAUGAAACAUAGUCACUUUGGAACCAUCGCUAACUCUUACACCAAGAGGUUCUUUUAGAGACAAAACAAGAUCGGUGCACUAUGGCUUCAAACCAAAGGAAAACAUGCAGAUGCAGGAACGUCAAAGUAUUAACUACAUGAAAAAGAAAUUUCACCCCAUUAAUCGCGCGCCGAAGUUGUCUUGCACGUGCUCUUAUCUACUAUAUCUUUUGCUAGAAAAUAGUGAAAUAGUCUGACGAACACCGACAAUUAUACUCCACUUCUCAGGCCACAUAUUGCCGAGGCCUUAACCAACAUAACACUAGAUAUUGAAAUAACAAAGCAACUUAUCUGGCUUCAAGCUCUCUUAAAAAUGUGCUCUACCAUUUACAAAACUUCAAGAUAGACACAAAAGACUAUGACAACGAAAGCAAGGCAAAGCCACGCGUAUCAACUACUUUACCGCACACUUUAUUAAAGAAGGCGUUGGGAUUUAUUUUUUGUCUUUUGGGCUUUAAAAGCAAAGGGAAUAAAAAUUAUAUUAUAGUAGGAUGUGGAAACCAAGGGAUGUUUAGAUUUAGAUCGUAGAAAACGUUUGCUCAAUGAUAUUGAUUAUUUUGUAACCAUUGCUAGAAACGUAUCGCCGUUGCGCUUGUGUAGAGUGAAGUUUUGUGAUUAAUAUCUGGUUUAUAUUCCUGGAAUACCUUUUGCCUUUUUUGAUGCGGCUAUGAUAUUCGGUGUGUAUUGUUUCGCAGUACUAUUUGUAACAUAAUUUAUUUAAUGUAGAACAGAAGCGUGCCGUUGUACGUCAAUAAAACCAUCUUUCGUUUUAAUUGAA